CAAAAAUGACAUUUCGAUCCAGACAUUGUCAAGACACAUUGUUAUUGAGUGAAACUUGAAAGUAAAACCUAUAUUUUCCUUUAAAAAUCUAAUAAAAUAAAGCAAUAAGCACAGUGAGAACUAUAUCAUAUUUCUAUAAUGAAUAAACUAUGUUCCAUUGAUCUCUUAUUAAACACAUUUUGAAGCAGAUGAAAACGUAAUGGAUUUGUUUUGGACUUCAAUAGCAAUUAUACUUGCAUUUGUACAAGUCUCAACUUCUGAAAGUGAUCCAUAUUAUAAAGAACCUUAUCGUCCUUUAGGACCACUUGUAAAAUGCAAUUUCUUACCAAUGGAAUUCCUAGAAUGCGAUGAACCAGUUGAUCACAAGGGUAACGAAACAGCGAAAAAAGCGGUCAAACAUGGUUGCGUUAAAUUCGGUGGCGUUCGUUACGAGGAAGUUGAAAAGACAAAAGUGCAGUGCAAAGCGCUAGAUGGUAUCGAGUGCUAUGGAAAUCGGAGUUUUCUAAGAGACGGCUUUCCGUGUGUGCGAUAUUCUGGACACUAUUUUACUACAACUCUUAUUUACAGUAUUUUGUUAGGUUUCUUAGGUAUGGAUCGUUUUUGUCUCGGGCAGACGGGCACAGCUGUAGGCAAGCUUCUCACUCUAGGAGGAUUGGGAAUUUGGUGGAUUGUGGAUGUAGUUUUAUUGAUUACAAAUAAUUUACAUCCAGAAGAUGGAAGUAACUGGAAUCCUUAUGUGUAAAAACUGUAAUGCAAUGUACAUACAGAAAUAAUGUAAAUUUUAUAAACAGAUGUCUUGUUUCUAAAUUAUCAAUGUUAAGUAUUAAUUAUUUAUUUUGUAAAAUAAAAAAUAUAAAA